AGUCAAUCCCAACCCACUUUUGUUUCUUUCCUCUUGGUUCAGUUUUCCAUGUUAAUCAAUGUUUAGACAGUCAAAGUUAGCAGGCUAAAAGCACCGAAGCAGUCCACUGUGCUGUGAACUAAAUUUCUCUAAACCGUCAGAAAAGCGAGGAAGGCGUCUGUGUAGAAAUGACUAUGGUCUGUUUGAAUGAUUUUGAGGAAUAUGCCAAGCAGCACCUCUCAAAGGCUACGUGGGACUAUUAUGAGGCUGGAGCUGAUGACUGUUGCACCAGAGAUGACAACUUGCAGGCCUAUAAACGGAUCCGCUUGAGGCCGCGGAUUUUACGUGAUGUGUCGCUCAAUGACACUCGGACCUCUGUGCUGGGAACGGAGAUAAGCUUCCCUGUGGGAAUUGCUCCAACAGCUUUCCACUGCCUCGCAUGGCAUGAGGGAGAACUGGCCACUGCUAGAGCCACUGAGGCAGUGAACACCUGUUACAUAGCCAGCACAUACUCCACAUGUUCAGUGGAGGAGAUUGCCGCAGCAGCACCCAACGGCUACCGUUGGUUCCAGCUUUACUUGUACCGGGACCGAAAACUCUCGGCGCAGAUUGUACGCAGAGUGGAGGCACUUGGAUACAAAGCUCUGGUGCUUACAGUGGACGUGCCCUACACUGGCAAACGGCGCAAUGACAUACGCAACCAGUUUAAGCUUCCACCUCACCUGAUGGUCAAGAACUUUGAGGGAAUGUUCCAGGAGCAGGCAGGCACUCAGGAGGAAUAUGGGAUCCCAGCUAAUACACUGGACCCUUCAAUCAGCUGGAAGGAUGUGUGCUGGCUCCAGUCUCUAUCACGGCUGCCUAUAAUCAUCAAGGGCAUCCUUACAAAAGAGGAUGCAGAGCUGGCCGUAGAGCAUGGCGUCCAGGGGAUAAUUGUGUCUAAUCAUGGGGGCCGGCAACUGGAUGGAGUGCCUGCAACGAUAGAUUGUCUGCCUGAGAUAGUGGAUGCAGUGCAGGGCCGGGUCGAGGUCUACAUGGACGGAGGGAUCCGCACAGGCAAUGAUGUGCUAAAGGCCAUAGCCUUGGGAGCCAAAUGUGUGUUUAUUGGCAGACCAGCAGUCUGGGGCCUUGCUUACAAGGGGGAGGAAGGAGUGAGAGAGAUCUUACAGAUUCUACAUGACGAGUUUCGUUUAUCCAUGGCACUGUCAGGUUGCCGAAACGUUGCUGAAAUCAACAGGAACCUCAUACAGUUCUCCAGACUUUGAACAGCAAAGAGGAUUUUAUUAAAUUCUACUUUAUCACUGAAAGCAGAGCACCGCAAAGAUCCACUUUAUCCACUAUUAAUACUAAAUCUAUUCAAGAAACUACUGUUGCUUUAAAUCACAGUGAGCAAGAAUGACAUAUUUACAAAUGUUCACAGUUUAUGGAUGGUUUUAAUAUAGUAUUUGUAUUUCAGUUAACAUUAUUCACGGCACUGCAUAAAUUCUACACUGUUUUGACUGAGAGUGAAUUAUUUUAUUUUAGAACCUGAUGAGUCUCCAGUUGUAAAAUGUAUUUAUAUAGCACUUUUUAAAAUACAAAUUGCUUCAAAGCAGCUUUAUAGUACUAGUAAACAGUGUUAGCAAAGCAAAAUUGUUCAACCAGGAUUCGAUUGUUUCAGUUCUCAUAAUUACAAUUUAUGUUUCAUCUAUAAAGUAAGUCAGUAAUGCACAAAGACAUCACGAAAGUUCAUUCAAGACAGUGGUUUUGAAGUUGUCUUAUGUAGCAGGCAACAAACUAAUGUGCAUUAAGAAAAGUUUCAGAUUUUGGAUCAAAGUGAGGUUAGUAUUGAACAAAUAUUGAACAUUAAAAUAUCCAGUGUGGCAAAACUAAACAAUAUGAGGUUCUCAGAAGUAAUAAAUGAUGGUGUGAGUUAAA